AAAAAAAAAAAUCUUUUAUACUAAUAAUACGUAGUAAAUAUUUGACUAACAAAAUCCUCACUCUCAAACUCUCUUCUCAUACUCGACUUUCAAAAUUUCCCGAUUAUCGAUGGCGGACGCCGGCGAAUCUUCCUCUGCGACGGCGCCGGAGUUAUACCGAGGAGAAGGUGAGAGAGGCGGCGGCGGAAAGCUUCGAAGAGAGAGAAAACCACCGGCAACGCCGUACGAUCGACCACCUCGUACUGGCCGUUGGAUUUCGAGGUUUGUGGACCCCGCUAAACGCCUCUUCUCUGGCCUACCUUCUCUCUUCUAUCCUGUUCCUUCCUCCAUUGAAACCGCUAAUGAGGUGCAAACAGAGGAAGAACAAGAAGUUGAAGAUUCCAAAGAGAAUUGUUUAGUGAAUCAUGUUGUUCCCAAAUCAACUGUUGGGGUAGACCCCAGCGAAGUCAAAGGGAAAUCAAAGCUUGACAUUACUGAUGAAGAUGGACUAGAUGAAAGUGAAGGCUGUUCAGGUGGUAAAGUUCCUGACAUUGAGCAGAUUAUCAAAGGGAAGACAUUUUCUAAGGAGGACGUUGAUCAUUUGAUGAAGAUACUACAUUCCAAAGUAGUUGAUGCUGAGCAAGGUAGAAAACCACCUGAGAUUAGUGGACGAAAUGAAGUUGAAAAGGCGGAAACUUCUAUAAGGCUAAAAACAUAUGUAGACGAGGACGAAGAUAUGAAUAGAUUUCAAUUGGCAACUUCAACUUCUCUUUCACGGCCUUCUAUGCAAGAUGAAAUUGGUGCUUCACCAGUUGAUAUAGCUCGAGCUUACAUGGGUUCCAAAACUUCUGAAAUGGGCUUUACACCUACAAGUUUGGUGCCAAAAUCUGAGAAAUUUGGCUUGUCUAGUGAUUUUUCAUCAAAGCCAGCUAUGCCCUCUCCUUUGCAGAAAGCACCAAUAUGCUGGCCUGGUGCCGUCACACAGAAUCAGCUGAAUUAUUCAACACCACAAACCCAGAAUAACAGAUCUGGCUUUCAUAGUUUUCCUAGAACUCCUUAUUCAAGGACCGUGUUUUCAAAAUCCAAGUCCAAGCUGACUCCAUUGCGUGGUGACAAUGAGAGAUUUCUAAGUGUUACACCUGCACCCUUCCAACCAACUGCAACUCCUGUUUAUGGGAAGUCUAUGAACAAUAAAACAGAAGAUACUUAUGGAUCUGGCGGUCCUGUUCGUAGGAUGCGCAAUAAGUUUACUUCAGCUACACCUUCAAGGGAAUCUACAUUGUUUAGAACUGCACAGAGAAGUCCUUUGGCAAGAGAAUCCAAUUUGGAUUUUACACCUAAGAAAUUUUUUGAGCCAGGCAGUUCCAGUACCGCUAUUUUCAAUUCUGUGAAUAGCAAGGCAAAGAGCCCUGAGGCUGGGGUUCACAGUGCUCAUCCACACAGUAGUAGAGUUGCAAGGCAUAUAUUAGAACAAAUUGAUAGACCAAUCACUAUUAAACAAAAUUCAGAGGAGUUGAAGUUAGCUACCUCGUGGAAGGACUCUUCUGCUGCUGCUUUGGCUACACCUGCUCAAAACAUCAGUUCUUCAAGUACGGCUGGGGUAAUGGUUGACAAAAAAAAGAAUGCUCAGACUAAUGGACAGAACAAUGUUCUGCCGCAGGAAAGAACUAAUACCGUCACUGGUACUGGAAAAGAUAUAUUUGGGUCUAUAACAUCUCUGGAUAAAAGAAGUUCUACUGUUGGUGCCAGUAGUAGUCUCAAAAUUUUCGAUUUUCAAAGGAGCGGAGAGCAGGGAAUCAGUAAUGAUUUACCAAAGACAUCUUUGUUUACAGGUGCCUCAAAUAAAGCAGCAGCCAUCACGAACAGUUCAGCUAGACCUGAACCACAAAAUCCGCACAGAAAGCCAAUGUUAAAAUCCAUUGCCAUCGAAAAGUCUAGUAUGGGAACCUCAUUUUCUUCUGGUUCUGGUUUCACCUUUUCUUUUAAUACAUCUUCUACCACAUCUGCUGAACCAGAGCCUCCAACACCAUCUAUAAUGCCAUCUUUCUUGACGAGUUCGCCUCCACAGUCGAAAGUUUCUGCUAACUCUCCCAACAAGAUAACUAUUGCACCACCUGUUGUUUCCUUCCCAUCUAAAACUAAGGCCUUCACCCCAAAUGAUGAUGCUUCAGCUCCCAAGUUCAAAUUUGGGUCAGGAAAGACUAGGUUAUCCUUUGCAGUCGCAGGUGAUGAUGCUACCACCCCUACUCCUAAUGAUUCUGCUAUCCCAAAGUUCAAAUUUGGGUCAGGAAAAAGUAGGCUAAACUUUGGUUCAAUAGGCUCCUCUGAUGCUUUGUGCUGUUAGUACGUGACUCACUGGUUUCUUCUCUACAUCUGUUGACUAAGCGCGAUUUAUCUCCCCUCUUUUGGUAGAUUAUUGAUAUGUCGAUGUCCUAUUCAAAUUUUCUUUCUUUUUUUUUUCCCCUUCCAUUUUUCUAUUUCCAGUUUAUUGGUCCCCGUUUUUAUUAACAAAAUGUGAGAAUCGGUUGGACCAGAUAUAUUACUGCUUAAUGAAAGCUGAAGUUCAAAACUCUUGCUCCCACUCCUUGUGGCCCUUUCCUUUAUACGAGUCAGGAGUUAGAGGAAGAAGGAUCUUGUGUAUACGAUAACUGAGAACACGUCUUUUAUUAGAGGCUUUAGAAGGAAGUAUUUCUUCAACCUUUGGCUUUAAAAGUGGAAGUCCAAGUUUAUACCAAGUGUUUCCAUUUCUGAAUGGCUGUAAAAUCUUUCCCUGUUUGUUCCCAGAAUCCCUAAAAUGCACCCAUGUACCAGUAUGCAAUAACUAUGCGUUUGUGAGAUGUCUUAUGAUGAUAAGUCGUUCUUAUUUAAUACUUCAUCUGUUUCUUUUUAGUUGACAAGAUUAUGAUUUGUGAUCAUGUCUUA